UUAUGGCAAACAUCUCACUUGCGAUCUACAUGUCACUGAUCGCAUGAUCAUAUUGAAAUUGUCGCCGACUUAUACGUUUGGCGAGUAGAGGUCAACUAUUGGGCCUUAUUGGUAUGGCUUCCAAGUCCACACCUAGUCUUUCGAGUGCCGCAGCAGCCUCUAAGAAAUCCCCGGCGUCUCCCUCCUCCGCGACUGCAAGUGGGAAGCCGAAGCCCUCCGACAGACUGAACCCAAAGACUAUUGACCCCUUUAACAAAAAACAGGCGGCCAAGAGUAGUUUCGCUGUGGAGUACAACAACGGCAACAUUCCCUGCAGAUUGAACCAUGGAUCUGUGAAGCACAAACUGGAGUGGAAGCGAGAUAUCUCGGAAGUCCAGUUCGAUCCCACAUUGGUGCUUUUAGCUACUGGACUGCCAGAAACAAGCCAUCCCUACACUUUCCUGUCUGAGAACGGAUUCAAAGAAUUGCUGGAGCAGCCAGAUGCAAGUGCGCGAAUGAAUCAGCAGUUGGUGGACCGCAUAGUGCCACACAUUAAGCUGGCCCUCUGCUCCGAGACCAGAUUCGAGGCAGGGCUGAACUGUCUGGAAGUGUUAAGUCAGGUGGUACAAGAGGGACUGAAUGUGCACCUGAAGGGACUGAUGCAACAGCUGGCCAAGAAGAGCUCAAAGGGCAAAAUCAGAGAUAGGGUCAUGGAUGUUUUGCAGGUUCUGGAGCAGAACGGAGGCAAGGACGCUUUGUUGGCCAUCAAGGAGAAAAUACCAACCUACACACCUCUUAUUUGCUAAGCCAGAGCGGAAGACGUGACUGGUCAUGUAAACAACACGACACUGACUGUUUCUGAACUUGGCUGUAAUUUAAUGUCAUAUUUGUAAGUUUUAAAUGUUCAUCAUGUAUUAUCUAUGUGCCUGACAGAUAUAGGUUGAGAAAAGUUCGCAAACCAAAGAACUUUGCAUUCUGAUGCAGCAGAAGUUCAUGAGCUAAAUAUGCUUUAGUUUUGCCUUCGUAGCAUACCCAAAGUAAAUGUACACUAAAAAUAAUGAUGAUUAGUGAUAGUUUUUUAUCUGUAAAUAGCGUGUAAAUUUGCUGGUUAAAAAAUUGUGCAGUAAAGAGUUUGUAAAUAGCUAAUUUAACAUUAAAUUUUA